UAAUAACGCAAAAAUUGUCAAGACAUAAGACUGAGAGAGGCACUUUGGCGCGCUUGUCUUGUCCUUGAUACCAGAAAUCUCAAAUUUCGACACUGGCGUUUUUUCAGUGUUUGUUGUUUGUUGAACAACCAUUUGCACUUGAUAGAAGCAAGAGACGUGCUGAGCGGGAAUCGGUUAUAAAUGUUAGUGGCCAACAUAAGGCUUUGAGCCAGAGAAAACCAGAAAAGGCGAUGAUUCUAUGGUAGCAAGUCAAUAAUCGAUACCCCUACCUGGCAUUGGUGUCGAAUAUCGAAUACUUGGUAUCGCUCACUCAACACUAGUCAACACGCAUCAAAAAAACUUGAUCAAUUUCACUAAACGCUGGAUAACAAAAGUUACGUGCUUUUCAUAUGAAAAUGUCUUUGAAAAUUGCAGUUUUGCUCGCUUUACUGUUUUUUUCGAACGCUACAAGCGAAGAAUGCGACACAAAAGCCGAGGUCAAGACAUGGCAAAUGCACUCGCAUUGUCCUCGUCGCGCAGAAAAUGGGGACUUCGUCGGCUACGGCUACAACAUUAACCAUCCUAAUGCCAAUGACGAUUUCGCCCUGAUUGGUAUUGAUCAAGUCGACUUACGCAAAGGUUUGGUCCAAAAACCAGGGAAUUGUAACUGUAAAGAAAACUUCUGCUUGACCAUGGAACAAAGCGAGCGUCUUUUCCAAAUAAGUAUCGACCGCGCUCAAAAAGAAGUGGAGAAAGUAAUCCGUACAAGUGAUCACCAAUUGCAAUGCUGCAAUAUUCGAAACUCCCUAACUGCUCUCGUCUACACUUAUGGAUUGGAGUUAAUCAAUAAGGUUCCAAAUGCCAUGUCGUACACAAGCAAUGGCCAAUGGAAGAAAUUUGCUUCGGCGGUACUUAUCCAAUCAUGGUGUACUUCCACAGACUACUGCACUUCGCUCGCAGAACGCAUUGCAACCGGUUGCAAUGAUGUCUCAAACCAAUUGGGUUGCUCCAACCCAAAGCCAAAAGCAUGCGAUGCAUCAGGCUUGUAUUGUUGUGCUGAGAAUAACACUUGCUGUCAAUACUCUGCCAAAUCCAGAAGAAACACAGCUUAUUGGUGCUGUCCGCUGUCUGGUGCUAACUGCUGUUCCUCAAGAAACGCAUGCUGCCCAACGGAGAGUCCUGUGUGUUGCGGGAACACGAGUGGUUGUUGCUACGAAAAGUACCCUGUCUGUUGUUUUCCGGGAACGGUGAAAAGCUACUGCUGCCCGCAACCUAUCCUGUAUGUCUUGGCCUGGGACACUGUGGCUCUUUGGAUAUCAAUAUGAAACCCACAUUUGGAAAGGCAAACAAUGGCAAAAUUCGUAUUCAAAAGAAUACUUUACAUUAAAUUUUUCUCUUGUAGAAUAAAGUCCAACGUUUUUUAGACGAAUCAUUGUAUUAAUAGGUAACACUCGCAUAUGCCACAAUGUAGAUGAUAAUAGAACUGACCAUUUGCACAAAUAAUAAAGACCAAAACGUCUGAUAUUUGAAUGACAA